CAUCUCCGUCGUCCGAGCCGGAGGAGAGCUACUCCCGUAGCCUCUACCCUCCGGCCGGUGAGUAAUGAAUACUUAUCCAUCGCUUGAUAGUCUACAGAAGAUUGAUAGCGAACCAGCGGCCACUGAUCUUGACCGCGAGGCUCUGCAUGUGCGUUUCGCGAGUUAUUUGGGUCCGGACAUGUCUACUGUCCGCCGACCGUUUUCCGCCACUAACUACUACCUUGGUCGACACUUCGACGGCCCUACAUCGUCGUUGACAGCGAGGAUGAGCUUCCAAUCGCUCAACGAGGACGCGCUCACGGCUGUUGUGUCUCAUCUGGACGCGUCGGACGCACACAACCUGUCGUUGACCACCCGCGCAGUCUACAUCCUCGCCAGAUACCAGUCCCUAACAUCGGUCACCGUACACUCGUUCGCAAACACCGUUAAAUUCUGCCAAUACUUUCUCGCCGAUAUGCGACAUCGUUCUUUCGCCUUGCGCACUCUCGAGAUCUACAGACCCGCUCCAGGGCUCAACAUGGAUGUGCCACCCUCUGGAGAAGAACAAUCAGCCGCGGCGCGCCUCCUUGCUGAUGUGUUAGUAGGGGCGACGAACCUCCAGAGGCUCGCGCUAAUCAAUGCAGAAGCAUGGAUCACUCAUGAUCACCAUAUCGCCGACGCAAUCUCCUCGAUGACUCGCCUGAUCGAGAUCGAAUUGGAGGGCCUCGGUCAACUCACCUCGGACAUGAUCUCCAAGUUGCAGUCCCAACCACGCAAACUUUCGUUGACGGAAUGCGAACGUUCAUCAACCUAUGCACCUUCCAUCUUUCACCUCGAGGAAGACUUGUGUCUCCAGAGCGUGCAACACUUGGUGGUUACCGAGUAUGCAGUCUGCCUCAUCACGCUCGCAGCCUGUGCGCGGGCCUUCCCUAAUGUCCGCUGGGCUGACUUGGGAAGCCUCCAGAGCCAGUUUCGCCCCAACCUCACAUGGUACCACUGGCCUGCAGCCGACUCUCAAGCUGACGUCGAGUGGCCACUACUCGAGCAUCUCAAGGGCCCAACAGCUGAAAUCAGUGGUCCAGCCUUCGUAGUACCCGUCCACUUGGUGGAAAUCACCACUCAGUUGAGUCCGGAUCUGGACCCGGGUUGGUGCGACACCGAUGAAGACUGGGAAAGUGAUGAACGGCUUGCAGCGGUCAUGACCGUACGCAAUGCUCAGCCUAUCGACCUCUUGGCCAGCGCAUACUCGGAUAUCGAAGACGACUUCUGGUUGAGCUUCGUGACGUCGUCGGGGCGUUUACGAUACCUCUCUGUCACGCUCAACGAUAUCCAUGUUGCCUCGCAGUGCGUCAAUCAGAUAUAUGCAUGGUGGGAGAGAUUUGCCCCGGUGGUUGCCCAUACGAACGUCGUAUGCUUGAAGGUUCAAUGUGCCUCGAAUCCGGAGACAUACCCUUGGGACCCGACGAUCGAGCGCCAGUCCAUUGGAUCUUCUCGUGUGGAAGCGUUCGGCGCGAUGGCAAUUAUGCUCCCCACUUUAGGGAAGUCAGUGCCAUCUCUGCGUUAUCUAUGCCUCCACGGUCCGGCGUGUUCGGUACCAGAGGACGACGAGAUGCGUGCGUUCACGUUCUGGUGGAGGUUCCGCGGCACCGGCGGCGACCGGUUUGCAGAGCCACUUGACGUGGCCAUCGGAGAACGUGUCGCUGCCUAUAUGGCUUCGACGCGUUAUGACUACACAAUGGAAACGUUUGACGGCGACGCAGGAUUCGAGAUAUGAUGACGAAGCGGUGUUGAAUCUACUUGUAUGUACGUACUUCCCACCGACUCGCGCACACGGCGUUCGCCAACCUAUCAUAGUCUAUCCAGGUGCUUCGAACGAU